UUGGUGCUCUUGUCUUCCUCAGAUGCAGACGAGUGCGCAGAGGGAACAGACGACUGUCACAUCGACGCCAUCUGUCAGAACACGGCCCGAUCCUUCAACUGCAUCUGCAAACCUGGAUACAAGGGCGACGGGAAGGCCUGCGAGGUCUGGAGGUUGUGGGUUCGAUUCCCCGUCGUCGUCUCCUCUCUGUAUGAGGAGUCUGGAGGUUGUGGGUUCGAUUCCCCUCGUCGUCGUCUCUCUCUGUAUGAGGAGUCUGGAGGUUGUGGGUUCGAUUCCCCUCGUCGUCGUCUCUCUCUGUAUGAGGAUCUGGAGGUUGUGGGUUCGAUUCCCCUCGUCGUUCUGUCUCUGUAUGACGAGUCUGGAGGUUGUGGGUUAGAAUUCCCCAUCGUCUCUUCUCUGUAUGAGAGUCUGGAGGUUGUGGGUUCGAUUCCCGUCGUCUCUUCUCUGUAUGACGAGUCUGGAGGUUGUGGGUUAGAUUCCCGUCGUCUCUUCUCUAGUCAGUGGAGCCGUCUGUCCGUCUUUGGUCUGUCCAUCUUUAUUCUGUCCAUCUUUGCUCCGUCCGUCUUUGUUCUGUCCAUCUUUGCUCCGUCCAUCUUUGCUCCGUCCAUCUUUGCUCUGUCCAUUUUUGCUCUGUCCAUUUUUGCUCUGUCAUCUUUGUUCUGUCCAUUUUUGCUCUGUCCAUCUUUGCUCUGUCCGUCUUUGUCUGUCCGUCUUUGCUCUGUCCAUCUUGUUCUGUCCAUCUUUGCUCCGUCCAUCUUUGCUCCGUCCAUCUUUGUUCUGUCCAUCUUUGCUCUGUCCAUCUUUGGUCUGUCCAUCUUUAUUCUGUCCAUCUUGCUCCGUCCGUCUUUGUUCUGUCAUCUUUGCUCCGUCCAUCUUUGCUCCGUCCAUCUUUGCUCUGUCCAUUUUUGCUCUGUCCAUUUCUGUCAUUUUUCUGUCCAUUUUGCUCUGUCCAUCUUUGCUCUGUCCUCUUUCUCUGUGUCUUUGCUCUGUCCAUCUUUGUUUUGUCCAUCUUUGCUCCGUCCAUCUUUGCUCCGUCCAUCUUUGUUCUUUGCUCUGUCCAUCUUUGUUCUGUCCAUUUUUGCUCUGUCCAUCUUUGCUCUGUCCAUUUUUGCUCUGUCCAUUUUUUGCUCUGUCAUCUUUGUUCUGUCCAUUUUGCUCUGUCCAUCUUUGCUCUGUCCGUCUUUGCUCUGUCCAUCUUUGUUUUGUCCAUUUUCUCCGUCCAUCUUUGCUCCGUCCAUCUUUGUUCGUCCAUCUUUGCUCUGUCCAUCUGUCCAUCUUUUUGCUCUGUCCAUUUUUUGUUUUUGCUCUGUCAUCUUUGUUCUGUCCAUUUUUGCUCUGUCCAUCUUUGCUCUGUCCAUCUUUGCUCUGUCCGUCUUUGCUCUGUCCGUCUUUGCUCUGUCCGUCUUUGCUCUGUCCAUCUUUGUUUUGUCCAUCUUUGCUCCGUCCAUCUUUGCUCCGUCCAUCUUUGUUCUGUCCAUCUUUGCUCUGUCCAUCUUUGUUCUGUCCAUUUUUGCUCUGUCCAUCUGCUCUGUCUUUGCUCUGUCCAUCUUUGCUCUGUCCAUCUUUGCUCUGUCCAUCUUUGUUCUGUCCAUUUUUGCUCUGUCCAUCUUUGCUCUGUCUGUCUUUGCUCUGUCCAUCUUUGCUCUGUCCAUCUUUGUUUUGUCCAUCUUUGUUCUGUCCAUCUUUGCUCUGUCCAUCUUUGCUCUGUCCAUCUUUGCUCUGUCCAUCUUUGUUUUGUCCAUCUUUGUUCUGUCCAUCUUUGCUCCGUCCAUCUUUGCUCUGUCCAUUUUUGCUCUGUCCGUCUUUGCUCUGUCCAUCUUUGCUCUGUCCAUCUUUGUUCUGUCCGUCUUUGCUCCAUCCAUCUUUGCUCUGUCCAUUUUUGCUCUGUCCGUCUUUGCUCUGUCCAUCUUUGCUCUGUCCAUCUUUGCUCUGUCCAUCUUUGCUCCGUCCGUCUUUGCUCCGUCCAUUUUUGCUCUGUCCAUCUUUGCUCUGUCCGUCUUUGCUCCGUCCAUUUUUGCUCUGUCCGUCUUUGCUCCGUCCGUCUUUGCUCUGUCCGUCUUUGUUCUGUCGUCUUUGCUCCGUCCAUCUUUGCUCCGUCCGUCUUUGCUCCGUCCGUCUUUGCUCCGUCCGUCUUUGCUCUGUCCGUCUUUGUUCUGUCGUCUUUGCUCCGUCCAUCUUUGCUCCGUCCGUCUUUGCUCCGUCCGUCUUUGCUCUGUCCGUCUUUGUUCUGUCGUCUUUGCUCCGUCCAUCUUUGCUCCGUCCGUCUUUGCUCUGUCCGUCUUUGCUCCGUCCAUCUUUGUUCUGUCCAUCUUUGUUCUGUCCGUCUUUGCUCUGUCCGUCUUUGCUCCGUCCGUCUACGUUCUGGCCGUCUAUGUGGACGAAUGCGCCGACAACAACGGCGGCUGUCAGCAGGUCUGUGUGAACACCAUGGGCAGCUACGAGUGUCAGUGCACCCACGGCUUCUUCCUCAGCGACAACCAGCACACCUGUAUCCACCGCUCGGACGACGGGAUGAACUGCAUGAACAAGGACCACGGCUGCGCCCACAUCUGCAGAGAGGCGCCGGGCAAAGGGGGCGUGUCCUGCGAGUGCCGCCCGGGCUUCGAACUCGCCAAGAACCAGAAGGACUGCACACUGACGUGUAACUAUGGUAACGGGGGCUGUCAGCACACGUGCGACGACACCGACACGGGGCCCGUGUGCGGCUGUCACCAGAAGUACGCGCUGCACUCGGACAGUAAGACCUGCAUCGAGAAAGAUGAGGCUGCAAUUGAGAGGUCAGAGUUGAAUUCCUCGUCAGUAGCUGAUGUAGACAAGCGGGUGAAACGCCGGCUUCUUAUGGAAACCUGCGCGGUGAACAACGGCGGCUGCGACCGGACGUGCAAGGACACGGCCACAGGGGUGCGCUGUAGCUGCCCUGUGGGAUUCACCCUGCAGCCCGACGGGAAGACCUGCAAAGACAUCGACGAGUGUUUGGAGAUAAACGGAGGCUGUGAUCAUUUCUGUCGGAACACGGUCGGAUCCUUCGAAUGCAGCUGCCAGAAAGGACACAAGCUCCUGACGGACGAGCGCACCUGUCAAGACAUCGACGAGUGUUCGUUCGAGAGAACAUGUGACCACACCUGUGUGAACUACCCCGGCAGCUUCCAGUGUCUGUGUGACAAGGGCUACAUCCUGUACGGACUCACACACUGCGGAGAUAUCGACGAGUGCAGCAUCAACAACGGGAGCUGUGAGUUUGGUUGUGUGAACACAGCAGGCAGCUACGAGUGUGUGUGUCCCCCGGCACACAAACUGCACUGGAACAAGAAGGACUGCAUCGAGGCGGUAAAGUGUUUGCCCAACGGUAAACCUGCUCCUCGAGCUCAACUCUCCUGCUCCAAGAACGGAGGAGCUGAAGUCUGUUCACUCUCCUGCCCCUCGAACGCUCUGUUCCUCGCAGACUCGGAGAACAGUUACACUCUGAGCUGCGGUGUCCCCGUACAGACCGACACUCUGGGGCCUCCGGUCAAACAAAAGGCUCGCUUCAAGAUCAAAGACGCCAAGUGUCACCUCCGACCGCGCAACAAAGAAAAACACCGCGAGCUGCUCAAGCAAACGCUGCAGGGUCAGUUCCCGUGUACGGACGAGUGUCACGUGACUUUUGUGAAUCUGAAAUGCGAUUCGUCGAAAAAGCGCCGCCGCGGCAGAAAGUCUCCGGCCAAAGAAGUGUCGCACAUCACGGCCGAGUUUGAGAUGGAGAUGAAGGAGGAGGAGGCGUCAGACUCGUGUAACAUGGAGUGUGUGCGCGAGAGGACCCGGCUGAAGCUGCAGAGCGCCCUGAGGACCCUGAGGAAGUCCAUCAACAAGCAGCAGUUCUACAUCCAGUUCUCGGGGACGGAGUACGAGGUGGCGCAGAGACCGUCCCGCGCUGUAGAGGGCGCCGAGGCCUGCAGCACGGGGCAGGUGCUCAGGGAGGGAAAGUGUGUGAGCUGCGCCGCGGGGACCUUCUACAGCGGCGAGCAGGACCAGUGUCUCCCCUGUCCUCCAGGGACGUACCAGGACACAGUGGGACAACUGUCCUGCGAACCCUGCCCCAGCACCGAGGGACCGGGGAUCAGCGGAGCCAGGAACGUCUCCCAGUGUGGAGGCCAGUGCCCGGCGGGUCAGUUCUCGUCCGACGGGUUCCGUCCGUGCCAGCUGUGCCCGGUGGGGACGUUCCAGCCUGAAGUGGGCAGAGUUCUGUGCUUCUCGUGCGGAGGAGGACUCAUGACCAAACACCAGGGCUCUGUGUCCUUCAGGGACUGUGAGGCCAAAGUGCACUGCGCUCCGGGACACUUUUAUAACUCCAGCACACAUCGGUGCAUCCGUUGUCCCCUCGGCUCGUAUCAGUCGGAGUUUGGACAGAACUACUGCAUCACCUGCCCCGGGAACACCACCACCGACUUCGACGGAGCCACAAACGUCUCACACUGCAAGAACCAGCUGUGUGGGGGGGAGCUGGGGGAGUACACGGGCUACAUCGAGUCCCCGAACUACCCCGGAGAUUACCCCUCGAACGUGGACUGUGUGUGGACCAUCAACCCGCCCCACAAGAGACGCAUCCUCAUCGUGGUCCCUGAGAUCUUCCUCCCGAUCGAAGACGAGUGCGGCGACGUGCUGGUCAUGAGGAAGAGCGCUCUGCCCACGUCCAUCACCACCUACGAGACGUGUCAGACGUACGAGCGUCCCAUCGCCUUCACCUCCCGCUCCAGACGCCUCUGGAUUCAGUUCAAAUCCAACGAAGCAAACUCCGGGAAGGGCUUCCAGGUGCCCUACGUCACCUACGACGAGGAUUAUCAGCAGCUCAUCGAGGACAUCGUGAGAGACGGUCGACUCUACGCCUCAGAAAACCAUCAGGAAAUAUUAAAGGAUAAGAAGUUAAUCAAAGCUUUGUUCGACGUCCUGGCUCAUCCUCAGAACUACUUCAGAUACACGGCCCAAGAGUCCAAGGAGAUGUUCCCCAGGUCCUUCAUCAAACUGCUCCGCUCCAAAGUCACGCGCUUCCUACGGCCGUACAAAUAAGACUCCGCCCCCUCC